AUGGACCUGCAGAGGGGUCUGGACAUCCUGGGGGAUGACUGUAGGGCAGAUCCCAAAGAGAAGAAGAGUGGGCUGCUGAAACUUCUAGCUGGGGCAUCCACCAAGAAGAAGUCUCGCUCCCCUCCGUCCAUCUCUCCGACCCACGACCCCCAGCUGGCAGUGGACGCCUCGCUCCAGGGUGCAGUGGGACCCGAAGUGUCCUCUGGGUCCAUCCAUGGUCGGGCAGGGUCCUGCCCCAUAGAAAGUGAGAUGCAGGGAGCGAUGGGGAUGGAGCCGCUGCACAGAAAGGCGGGCUCCUUGGAUCUGAACUUCUCCUCAUCCCCUUCCCGGCAAGCACCUCUCUCCAUGGCUGCCAUCUGGCCCGAGCCCAAGCCGUUGCCCAGAGAGAGGUACCGCGUGGUGGUCUCAUACCCACCCCAGAGCGAGGCGGAGAUCGAGCUGAAGGAAGGUGACAUCGUCUUUGUGCACAAGAAGCGUGAGGACGGCUGGUACAAGGGGACACUGCAGAGGACCGGCCGCACCGGCCUCUUCCCGGGCAGCUUCGUGGAGAGCUUCUGAGGACGCGUUCCCGCACAGCUCACAGGGAUGCAGACCCCCGGGAAGCCCCGGGCACGAGGAG